GCCCCAGCCCCAGAGACUGCAGAGCUCCCCUCCUCACACACUCUCCUCCUCCGGGGCUGCCAGGGUGAGGAGCCGGGAUGAAGGUCGUACGCAUGGACGCAGACCCUUCUGAAGUUUACCGGCCGGAGGCAGGGGCUGAGCAUGGCAAGCUGCAAACAGACUACAGGAAUUACACGGCCGGGCCGCUGCUAGAUCGCGUGUAUAACACCUACCUGCUGAUGCACACGCACCAGACCGUGGACUUUGUCCGGAAGAAGGAGCUGGCAGUGACCCCUGUGCUCAGAGCUGGGCCUCACCAGCUCCCCUGUCCCCAGGGCGCAGAGUACGGGGCCUGCGCCCAGCGCCGAAUGAGCAUCAUGGAGGCCUUGGAUUUACUGGACAACGUGGUGGAUGAAUCGGACCCGGACGUGGACUUUCCCAACUCCUACCACGCGUACCAGACUGCAGAGGGCAUCCGCCGGGCCCACCCGGACAAAGACUGGUUCCAGCUGGUCGGGCUGCUGCAUGACAUGGGCAAAGUCCUGGCCCUGGCCGGGGAGCCUCAGUGGGCUGUGGUGGGCGACACAUUCCCCGUGGGCUGCAGGGUCCAGGAGUCUGUCGUCUUCAGCGACUCCACCUUCCACGACAACCCCGACACAAAAAACCCCCUGUACAACACGCAGUAUGGGAUCUACCAGCCUCACUGCGGCCUGGCCAACGUGCUUAUGUCCUGGGGCCAUGACGAGUACAUGUACCAAGUCAUGAAAUUCAACAACUUUGCUCUCCCCCAGGAGGCUUUCUACAUGAUCCGCUUCCACUCGUUCUACCCCUGGCACACGGGCGGGGAUUACAUGCACCUGUGCAGCAACGAGGACCUGCACAUGCUGGCCUGGGUCAAGGAGUUCAACAAGUUCGAUCUCUACACCAAGUGCGAGGAUCUGCCUGACGUGACGCAGCUGAAGCCGUAUUACCAGUCCCUGAUUGACAAGUACUGCCCAGGCCAGCUGUGCUGGUGACCAGCCAAGCAAGCACCUGCCUGCUCCUGAGGCAGCAUCCUCACCAGGCCCCUACCCUCAGCGGGCUGGAGGAGCUCAAUCCCCGAGCACAACAGGAGCCAGCCUCCAGGCCCCGGGGAACAGCCACCCCCAGGGCUAGCUCUGCAUUCCCCCACCAAUCAGCCUGCAAGGAAGUCCCCUAGAGCUACUGCAGCUGGGCUGGGCUGCUAGGGGAGCCAGGAUCCCGGGCCAGGGAAGGCACAUGCAGGUGGAAGCGGUGAGAUGAGAUGGUUCUGCUCACUGCCCCAUUUCUCAUUCUGUUCCCCACUCCCGCUCACUGAGGCCCGGGUACUGCAGAAUGCCACACAGGCAAAGACCAAGCUGCAGCCACCACCUCCCCUCUUGGGGCCAGCCAAGCUGUCCCACCCCUCGCAAAGAGAGACCGCUCCCUCCCCAAACCUUUCCGGUUUGCCCCUUACUCUGCCCCUGUACAAGCCCACGCUGGCAUCAGCAAGCAGCUGAAAGCCCCUGGCCCAGCUCAGAGCUUCUAGCACUCCCCAUCCAGGGCUGGGUAGGGAAGAGCGUGUGUAAUCUCCUAUUCAACAGGAGCGCCGCGGUGCUGGGGGGCGUUCUCAGAACUCAAUAAAUGGGUUGUUAGUGUA